GUGCGGAGGGGCGCGGGUCCCCACCAAGGCGCCAGCGGCCUCGGCUCGGUAGCUUGAGCGCUUGAGAGCGGAGAGCCGGCCUCCCUAACCCAAACUCGCAGGAGCGCUCGUGGGAGUUUGUACCAGUGAGUGGAGCGCGGUCGCCUCGAGGACAGCAAGGAGGAGGCGUCUAGACCAUGGUCGCUCGCGGCUGAGUUUCCGGCUGCGACUUUGAUUAUUGGCAAAUAAUCGCAGUAACAAUAUCAAGCCCCAGAGCUGGCCACCGCCACGCUCAGUCUCAGCUAGCCCGCACACGACCGCGUCGCCCGUCCCUGGGCACUGAUCGUCAGCUCCAAACGAGCCGAUGGAAAAAUCCAAAAAUUUCCGCAUCGACGCCCUGCUGGCGGUGGAUCCCCCGCGAGCCUCCUCCACUCAAAGCGCACCGCUGGCCUUGGUCACUUCGCUCGCGGCCACAGCAUCUGGCCCCGGACGAGGCGGCAGCGGUGGUGGGGGGACCAGUAGCGGGGCGAGCCGCAGCUGCAGCCCCGUGUCUUCUGAGGCCACUGCAGCUCCCAGCGACCGGCUGCGGGCGGAGAGCCCGUCACCCCCGCGCUUGCUGGCUGCGCACUGCGCUCUGCUGCCCAAGCCGGGAUUCCUGGGCGCCGGAGGAGGCGGCGGCGCGGCGGGUGGGCCGGGCACUCCCCACCACCAUGCGCACCCUGGUGCCGCCGCCGCAGCUGCCGCCGCCGCCGCCGCGGCUGCCGGCGGCCUGGCAUUGGGACUGCACCCGGGGGGCGCGCAGGGCGGCGCGGGCCUCCCUGCACAGGCAGCUCUCUACGGUCACCCAGUCUACGGUUACUCGGCGGCGGCGGCGGCGGCCGCGCUGGCGGGCCAGCACCCUGCGCUUUCCUACUCCUACCCUCAGGUGCAGGGCGCACACCCCGCGCACCCUGCCGACCCCAUCAAGCUGGGUGCCGGCACCUUCCAGCUGGACCAGUGGCUGCGCGCGUCCACCGCGGGCAUGAUCCUGCCCAAGAUGCCGGACUUCAGCUCCCAGGCGCAGUCGAACCUCUUGGGGAAGUGCCGAAGACCUCGCACCGCCUUCACCAGCCAGCAGCUGUUGGAGCUGGAACACCAGUUCAAGCUCAACAAAUACCUGUCGAGGCCCAAGCGUUUUGAGGUGGCCACCUCGCUCAUGCUCACCGAGACCCAGGUGAAGAUCUGGUUCCAGAACCGCCGAAUGAAAUGGAAACGCAGCAAAAAGGCCAAAGAGCAGGCUGCGCAGGAGGCAGAGAAGCAGAAGGGCAGCGGCGGGGGUUCCGGCAAAAGCUGCGCUGAGGAGAAGGCCGAGGAGGAGCUGCUGGGGCCGCCGGUGUCCGUGGACAAGGCCAGCGGCCGUCGCCUGCGGGACUUGCGAGACAGUGACCCGGAUGAGGACGAGGAUGAUGAUGAGGACGACCACUUCCCCUACAGCAAUGGUGCCGGUACCCACACCGCCGUAGCUUCGUCUGACUGCUCAUCCGAGGACGACUCGCCGCCCCCAAGGCCGGGCGGCCCAGGGCACCAACCUCCGCCCCAGUAGUCGUCCCAAACUCGGCAGCAGGGACGCGCGCUACGGCUACCCCGGUGCGGGCUUUCAACACCAUCCUGUGGCCUGCAGCCAGUCUGGCAGUGCGCGCUGGGUUGGGGGAAUCCUAUUUGGGUCCUCGAAGGACAGCAAGAGAAAGAGAGAGAGAGUGACCUCCAAUGUGAACUUUCGUUCUUUUAAAUUUAAUUUCGGGUUGUGUUGGCCAGAGGUGUUUGUGAGAAGAACAUACCCCUUCUAUGAGUGGCUCCUGCCUGCCUCUUCCCUCAUCGGAGAAGGGAAAACUACAGUGUUAAGUGACCUAGAAACUUGAAACCUCCUUUGGAGACACCAUUCUACUGAGAAUUGAAAACAGAAAAAAAGGUUUUAUGCCUGUGUAUGGGGGGGGUGUUAUGUCAUGAGCAUUCAGACUGCUGAAAACCUCAGAAUGGUAGUGUAUUUUUGUAUAUUGUAUUUAUAUAUAUAAAGAAAGAAACAUCUACUUAUGCAUGCUAAAUUAUUAUUUAGCUUCCCCAUUCCCCAGGGUGGAGAUGGAAUGUAAAAUAAAUUGGUUUUGUACUGGA